GGAAAGGAUGACAAUAAUAUUUGGCGAUAAGUUCUCGACUGCUUUUAUUUUUUCCUGGUUUCAAGAUAAGACCUACUGACUAAAUACUGCAAUAUUUUGCAAUAUUAUCUUCAUUAUGAACUGGGGCUUGAAGAGAAAUCACCUUCAUUCCAGGCCAUCCCCUUCAGGUGGAAUGUGCACAAUAGCUGAAGAGGCUGACAUAGAUUAUGCAUUUCUCCGACUUCAAAAAUUAGAGGAAACCAAUAGGACUGUUCAAAAAGAGUGCAAGAAUUUAAGAGAUUCCUUUUCAGCUUUAGCCCGCUCUGAGCAAAAGCUAACUGCAGGCCUAUCGUCAAGCAACCAAGUAUAUGAGGAAGAAACUUUCAGAGCCCUAGUUGAAGAAUAUCACUCAGUUACUAAGCAGAUGAGUGAUUCAUCCAAACAAUUUUCAGAUAUAGUACAAAUAACUGUAAAUGAUCCCUUAAAAAAGCUUGCCACUGAGUUUGGAAGUGCUCAAGGAGCUAUUAAGAAACGAGAUCAAAUGAUAACUGAUUUACUCCCUGUUCGAAGGCAACUAGAAAAGAUGAAAGACAAGGAGAGAACAGGAACUAACAUUGCAAGAACUGAACAGCUGAAACGUUCCUUAGCUGUGAUGGAGGGUGAGUUUAAGGGAACAAACAAGCAGCUGUUGUAUGAUAUGAACACCAUGUUGGAACUGAGAGCAGAUUAUAUUGAGCCAUCUCUGUUGGCAUUAAUACGAGCCGAAACUAAUUACUAUGGAGAGUGCACAAAACUGUUCAAUUCUUUGGUUCUACACAGUGAUACUAGUCCUUAUAGAACUUCUACAAGAGUGACGAAAAGCGAACCUGCUGCGUCAGAGCUGGAAGCCCGAUUCAAUCAAGACAUGCAAGCUAUACGAGCACUCUCGAUCGUUGCUGAUAAAUAAACUAUGUAUUCCCUGAAACGUAACAGUCCAUCCAGUGCAUCCAGUAUACCUAUUAAUGUUUUAUAGGAUUUUAAUCUUCAGAGUUGAUUAUGAAAUUCUUUUGGAAAUAUAUAAUACAAUUGUAAACUUUUGUACGUCAUUCACCGAA